AUGAGAGAUCCGGUUUUGCAAGGAGAAGCAAAGCAUUCAGGAACUUUGGAGUCAGGGCUGGUACAGCUCAGUGAUAUUAGCCUUGUGAAAAUCCUUCCACAGAGUGGCCUCAAGAUGCCUAUCAUGGUGCAUUACGUUGCCUCCUACCGGCUCGCCGCCCUUGGGGACGAUACCUCCCCCAGCGCCAAGGACAUCAAGAAGAUCCUGGACAGCGUGGGCAUCGAGGCGGACGACGACCGGCUCAACGAGGUCAUCAGUGAGCUGAACAGCAAGAACAUUGAGGACGUCAUUGCCCAGGGUACCCGCAAGCUGGCCAGCAUGCCCGCUGGCAGGACUGUGGCCGUCUCUGCUGCCCCAGGAGCUGCAGCUCUUGCUGCAGGUUCUGCCCCAGCCGCAGCAGAGGAGAAGGAGGAGUCGGAGGAGUCAGAUGACGCCAUGGGAUUUGGCUCGUUUGACUAG